ACCACCGAGAGACGAAGUUUCGAUCAAUCGUUCGGUCGAUCGAUUACACAUUCCAAAUCGAUAAUCAAUUUAUAGUCUGAUUAUAUAUUCAAGAUGUCUGACGCUCCAGCACCUAAAUCAAAGAAGGCAAGCAAGCCAAAAAAGCCUGCAGAUCAUCCGAAAUACAUUGAUAUGAUAAAGGCCGCCAUCACAUCGCUAGGAGAGAGAAGUGGAUCAUCACGUCAAGCCAUCGUAAAAUACAUUAGAGCUAACUACAAAGUAGGCGAAAGUGCUGACGUUCACGUAAAAUUGGCUUUAAAAAGAGGAGUUGGUUCGGGAGCACUGGCGCAAGUCAAGGGAGUCGGAGCAUCCGGAUCGUUUAAAGUCGUCAAAGCCAAAGAAGCGCCAAARGCUAAAAAACCAGCAAAACCAAAACCCGCUGCCAAGAAAACAACAGCGAAGAAACCUGCUGCAAAGAAAUCGGCAAAGAAGUCUCCGAAGAAGAGUGCUGAAAAGAAAAAGAAACCAGCCGCCAAGAAAUCGGCCGGGAAAAAGGACAAAAAAGUAACUAAAAAACCCGCGAAGAAGCCGGCCAAGAAAGCUGCAAAGUCGCCCGCCAAAAAGAAGUCGCCAGCGAAGAAAAGCGCAAAGAAGACGGCAAGCAAGAAAAAGACAUCAAAAAAGUAAAUUUUUACUAUACAAACAAUUUUUAAGGGACAAUAUCAAUGUAUAUGAACUGGCUCAUAGAGACGUCAAUUUUGUUUUCUACGUUGUAAUAUAGAUAACAUGGUAGGUGUGAACGAAGGAAAUCGUAGCUUCGACGCAGUUUCGUGUAUUACGCAUCACAAGUUUUUUUAUAAGACCUAUAAACUAUAAAGCGGUAAUUGAAUCUUAUUUAUAUUAGCACUCGUUAUGAGUGGACAGUUUAUUUGUAUAUAUAUAUUAUAUGUACCUGAUCUGAAUGAUAAACCAAAAAAGAAUAAAUAAAUUUUAUAUCAUAUU